AUGUUGCAUUAUUGGUUUGUUACUUCACAAAAUAAAUCAGAUAAAUUGAUUUUUUGGUUUAAUGGCGGUCCAGGCUGUUCGUCUCUAUUAGGGUUACUUGAUGGAAUGGGUCCUUAUCUUAUCAACAAAGAUGGAAAAUCGCUUCGUAAGAAUGUGUAUUCUUGGAAUAAAUACGCCUCAGUUGUCUAUAUUGAAUCCCCCGUUGGUGUGGGAUAUUCGUAUUCGCUUAAUGGAAAGAUAGAAAACAGUGACGAUUAUGUAAUAAUUUUUUGUUUUAAUUUUUUAAAAGAUAUCUACACCUAA